UCGUUUCUGGUUCACUUAGAUAUGCAGAAGUAAGAAUUGAGGUUUGGUUGUGUUUAAAUUUCAGAAUUGGUGAAGUGGUGGAAAAGGAGAGCAAAGGGAGAUUAUGUCCAGAUUGCCGUGCUCUUCAUCAAGGGCUUUAAGACUGGGCCGGAUUGACGAUGGAGCCAGGGAAUUGGUGAUUGUGGAGAUUGGGAAAUUGGGGAUGGUGAAGGAUGUGAAUGCUGACGUCAGGUAUGGGAAGGGUUUGCUUUGUGAGGACAAGAGGGAUAAAGUUGUGACCUUUGGGGAUGGGGAGAAAGGGCCGGGGAAGAUUUUAAUGGCAAUGUUGUUUAGUGAAGACGACGGAGCAGCGACAGUAAUGGUUCUGUUAGUUGGAAAAGGGAGCUCUUGGCUGAGAAUUUGGAAUUGGAAUUAAGGGAGGCGGCAAUUUCCCCAACCACCGCCGUGAAAUUGCAAAAUCACUGGCAAUUUCUGACUCUUCUUGGCUAAAUUCACCGGCGAGUACCCUCUAUAGACUUCGGAGCCGACUCCGGCCAUCAAAUUCAACCCCUCGACGGAGGUGACGCCAUCGGAGGUGGAGAAAGGAGAGGCGAAGUCGUCGACGUCGUCAUCGUCAACGACGUCGUUUUGGGGAGAGGAGGACAGGUUGCCUUCGGCAUCGUCUUGGUCGGGGGCCAUGGUAGUGAUGAGGCAACGUGAGAGAGAGAGAGAGAGAGAGAGAGAG